UACACUGUAAUUCUUGUUGUGGCUGUCACUGGCACGUGAAUUGACAAUUGUAUGAAAACAUAAUUUUACGCACAUUCCGAAGAAAUGGUCGAAUACUUAAAGAUCGAGUAGUGCAAACGAAUCUUUAUGGAUUUAUCAUUUAAAAUCAAGUUCAUUAGAAUUGAGCAUGUCUUCUUCCUUGCGUCUGAAUAAUCUGAGGAAAAAACCGCUGUCAGCAGUGCCUCAGAAGCCGAAAAAAAAAUUGGAUAGAUUUGACGGACUGUCAGAGGAAGAUUUACAGUCAUGCAAGCUUCCGGAUAUUCUUAAGGAGAAUUUAGAUAUGGUAUUCGUUGGGAUCAAUCCAAGCUUGACGGCUGCAUAUCGCGGACGUUAUUAUGCUGGUCCAGGAAAUCAUUUCUACAAGUUAUUACAUGCGUCUGGUCUAACACCACAACUCCUUAGUCAUGACGAAGACUCAAAGCUGCUCGAAUAUGGAAUAGGCUUAACAAAUAUCGUGGAAAGGCCGUCAAGAUCAUCUUCAGAUCUGAAGAAAUCCGAGAUCAAAGAGGGUGCGAAGAAAGUCGAGGAGAAGCUCAUUUUAUUUCAGCCAAAAAUUGCUAUUUUUAAUGGUAAAGGUAUCUACGAGGUAUUUUCUAACAAAACUGGCAAAUCCGAUUUUAGCUUCGGCCUUCAGCCCGUCGGAAUAGGCAACACUGCAAUAUGGGUCGUUCCUUCGAGUAGUGCUCGUUGUGCGCAUUUUCCAAGGAUGGUCGACAAGCUGCACUUCUAUUCGGGAUUAAAAAAGUACCUGUUUUACGUCAAUGGUAAAAUAUCCGAUAUUGAUAUAAGAGAAUUUUCCUUUCAAGGCAAAUGUAAGAUAUUUGAUCCGACGACGUCUAAGAUGUGGCGGAGAAAAGAGGUGUCUGCUUUUAUGCACGGUGGAAGGGUGGCCAAUAAAGAAACCCUCUUGAAUACCUCGGAAGCAAGUUUGUCGGAUAUGAAUAGUCCUGAGUGUACUGCGAAAAGGAUGAGGAUUGGAGGAGACAAUAAGAAGAUGAUGGAAUAUGAGAAUCUCUGUGUCGAUGAUGCCGAUAAAAGUACAAAAAUUUCGAAUAUCCACGACAAGUUGACAGAUUUAGAUAGAAAACAUAUUUCAUUUCAAGGAGAGGAAUUAUACAAGGAUAAUGGUGAUGAGAAUGAAAGAAAUUUUAUGAGUUUAUCUACGCCGGCAAAAACAAUGGAAGAGAAACAAAAAGUGGACUUCGUUGAUUUGAUAAAACAACGCCUUUCUCAAAGGGAGAAUAGUCAGCAAGACAAUUCUACCGUUGAAGUUGUAGAAGAAAUAUCAGAAAUUUUUCAUUCUAUAGAACCAAAGACACGUGUUAAAAAACUGAGAUACUCUAUGUUGAAGAAGAAUCGAUCUAAUAGUUCGCUAAGUAGUGAUAAAAGUUGGGUAAAUGAUACGCAGUCGGAAACUUGAAAGAAGAAUUUGUUCUGUCGCUGUCAUAAUCUUCCAAAGUUUCUAUUUUUCCUACUCAUGUAUAAAAAAAAAAAAGAAGUACAUAAGAUCCUUGAAUAACAUCAAUAAUAUUUUCUCCAUCUGGCUAGUAUGCAUGGCAUUGUUACAAAAUUUCUAUCACGACGUAGUGAGCAGUUUUAACAUGAUGCAUCAUAUUUAUUUUUGUACCAUUUACAUAAAGUUAAUAUAAACGUUAUUAUUGUCGAGCAUAUAAGUGUGAAUUAACACUACCUUUGUCACAAUUCCCUUCCUCUCUAUAAAGUUUUACGACAUAGAAUGUCAGAUCACAAAUAUUAACAAACAGUGAACAAGAUUUUGCUUCUAGCAACAAAAGGUUACAGAAAACCAUGAAACCAAUGUUUAAUUCUGGAGCUUGAAUAGGAUUUAAAUCUCCAGAUUUACCAGACGGUGUU